GUGAUACAAUUUUGGCUCAUUAUUUAAAGAAAAUGUACGGUCAUGGGUUAAUAAAUAUUUUUUUACGGUAUCCCCAACAGCGUUCAGCUUUGUCACAGAAGUGGGUAACGGAACCAUUGUUAUUUAAUUGUAUAUUUUAACAGCUUGUUCAAACGGUGAAAAAUGUCUAAUAACAGCCGUAAAAGACCUUUGUCUCUGCCAAUGAGAUCUAAAGCUAAAAGGAAACCAAAACAUGUUUCUGAAGAUGAAGAAAGUAAUGAUUCUUCACUCUCCGAACAAGAACAAGAUAAGCAAAGAACUCCAUCUCCUUUACCUGAUGAGCCUAAAUUGAAGUUACCUGAGGAACUGCUUAAAACAUUUUACAAAACCCCCGGAGUCCUGAUGAUAGCUGGUCUAGUUUCAUGGGAUUUGGUUGCCAAGAGAGAUAAUAAUCCCAGUAAACGAACCCACCCAAAUUUGUAUACUUUCCAUAAGUUUACUGACAUAAAGUAUCGCCUAAUAAUCAGUGGUUGCAGUGCUGGUCACUCCAUCCUUGUCUCGGAAGAGGGUGAUGCUUAUACUUUCGGUCGCAAUACAUUCGGCCAACUCGGGUUUGGGGAUACAACCACACGCAAUGUGCCGGAACUCGUGCCAACUCUGAAAGGGCUCAACAUUAUCCAUGCAGCUGUGGGCAGGAAUCAUAGUAUGUUUGUAACAGACACGGGCACCGUGUACGCGUGCGGCGAAAACAAGUGCGGCCAGUGCGGGCUGGGCAACACCACCCCGCAAAUCCUUAAGCCUACCCGUAUUCGGUACAAGGGCGCGCCGAUUGUGAAAGUGGGAUGUGGCGCGGAAUUCUCUAUGAUACUGGAUUGCAACGGUGUUCUCCAUUCGUUUGGCUUGCCUGAGUUUGGUCAAUUGGGCCACAACACUGACGGCAAAUAUUUCGUGACUUCAACCAAGCUGUCAUAUCAUUUCCAAACAGUGCCGAAGAAAAUAGAGUUCUUCUUCGAGAAAGCCAAAGAUGGCCACAUGAUACCGGUCAAUGAUGUGAUCAUUGUGGACUUCUCCUGUGGCAAUAAUCACACUGUGGCGAUCGACUCGAAGAAGCGCGCGUUCAGCUGGGGCUUCGGCGGGUUCGGGCGGCUCGGGCACGCGGAGCAGAAGGACGAGGCGGUGCCGCGGCUCAUCAAGUUCUUCGACUCGCAGGCGCGCGGCGUGCGCUCCGUGCACUGCGGCGCCACCUACAGCCUCGCCGUCAACGAGCACGGUCUGCUCUUCUUGUUCGGCCAAACUAAGCGCACGGGUGAAGCCAACAUGUACCCGAAACCGGUGCAAGAUCUGACAGGUUGGCACAUCCGUAGUGUGGGAACUAGCAACACAUCCAUUGUGAUUUCUGCAGAUGACUCGCUGAUUGCUUGGGGCGUGUCUCCAACUUAUGGAGAAUUGGGUAUGGGCGAGAUAAACCGCUCCACCGCGAAGCCCAAGGAGGUGAACCGCAUGGACGGGCUGAACAUCACGCAGGUGGCCAUGGGCUUCUCGCACACGCUGCUGCUGAGCGACAACAGCUCGCCGGAGGUGCAGCAGAAGCUGGCCGCGCUGCCCACCUUCGCCCCUUGAGCGUCGACCCACGCGCGCUCUCGAGCGAACAUUAUGGCGCGCUUACACGCUUGCCAAGCCUCCACAAGCGACCACAAACACUAACGCGUUAAUAGGAUGAUCAGCUAGGCUCGUGCCAGCCUGCAAGAGCUUGUAGCUGACGGUUUUUGGAUACAGAUAAAAAAAAAACUAAGUACAAACUAACGCACCCGCAGGCGCGUAAAUAAUUCCCAAACGAUUGUGAAAGCUUGGAGCUUGUGGACGCUUGUCCAGCCAUACCAAGCGUGUAAACGUAUCAUUAAACUCACCCUUUUAUUUACCGUCCGCGACGCCUAAAUACCGUCCACACUCACAGUCCCCAUUUAAUUGUUGUAUUGCAUGCUCGCUCACAACGUCGGAUAUUGUUUUGCCGCACUGUGUAUUCACUUUUGUAUCGACUGUUACGUAUUUAUUGACUCAUUCUUGUUGAGACUGCGACCCAUCUUCACCUAUGAUGUAAUAUGUUUUUUUUUGUUUUUUUCCCUCAUAUUUUCUUUAGGAUUAAGUUCUAACAUUAUUUUGAAUGCUUAAAGCGAUUAUGUGUUUUUUUUUGUUUUUUCUCGAUUUAAAUUGAAGUAUAUUAGAUGGCUCCCUGGCCCUGUCUACCUCAUUUCAACCUCAUCUAAUGUGGAGUUCGCUAAUGUAUUUUAAUCAUGAAUAUAAUGAGCACAAAAUUUUGAAAUUUUGAUGUGUGUGUAACUUCACUUCUUAAUUUAGUUUACACUUUCAAACUACACUGCCUUUCGUAUAUUUGAUCGUAUGUGACGUAGCGGACGUGAAUUUGAUGUAAAUAAUAAUAUGUAAUAUUAGUGAUUAGACUUUCAUUGUAAUUUGUAUGAGACUGUGUAGGAGGUAUUUACUUUGUGAAACUUAAAAUAAUUUAGAAAACGUACUUGUUUGUAAACUAUGCAAUGUCGCAGCGAUUAUUUCGUUAAUACAGGGAAUUGAUUAUUUUAGUGAAGAUUGUUUUCUUCGAGACGACCAUUGCAAGCACGUCGAGCCUUCGCCGAGGCAAGUGCUACCCACCUCCAAUCAUUGUUUUAAGUAUACGAAUUUAGCAUUAAUAAAUUCCAGUAUAGAACCGAUAAGAUCAAUGAAUCUUUUCUUUAAAAUAAUUUUCUAUAUUUUUAUGGUGAUUUUUCACUCUAUGGUUAAGGGAUAGGAUAAGAUUGUACUUAAGUCUUUUCGUAAUAACACUUGAACGUAUUAUAAGUUAUAAGGUGUAUACUGUUUAUGCAGUUCUAUAAACUAGUGAGAAUAAACAUUCCCUUUGAUUGAAAUAUUGUACGAAAUUUACUCUACUUUGUAUGCUAUAAGUGUGUAAGCGUCAAUCUGAAAACGUUCUCAAUUUGUUAAAAAUAUACGUGUUAAACAAUAACUUAUAGAUAGACUUAAAAUGUGUCAACUUGCAUGUUGAAUGUGAACAUUUCAUCGAUUCUAUUUAUGAGAUAAAUUAACCAAACUUUUAUAUAUUUCCAUUAUCGGGUUUCAAUUGAAUGGUGUUGAAUUUUCAUAGGAGUCAUUCUGGACUUUAAGUGAAUAGUAUUUGUAAUUUAAUGUUAGCAUAAGUUGAACAAAACGAUCAUGUUAGAAAGUACUCAUAAAUAUACAGGCCUUGCCAAGAUUUAUUCAUUAAUAAACUUUUUUCUUGGAU